AUGGUGACAGAGACAGAAUACUACGACCUCCUCGGGGUCGCCCCAACAGCCACCGACCUCGAAAUCAAGAAAGCCUACCGCAAAGCCGCAAUUAAGCACCACCCCGACAAGGCGGCUGAAGUUGACCGCGAAGCCGCUACCCAGAAGUUUCAGCAAAUCGGUGAAGCGUACCAAAUCCUUGCAGACCCAGACCUUCGUAGCCGAUAUGAUAAGUUCGGAAAGGAGGGUGCUAUGCCUGAAAGUGGAUUCGAGGACCCGUCUGAGAUCUUUUCGAAGUUGUUUGGUGGAGAGGCAUUUGUGGAUUUGAUUGGGGAAAUCUCGUUAAUUAGGGAUAUGAACAAGGCUAUGGAGAUUCAGGAGAGAGCGGAGCAGGAGGCUGCUGUCGCUGAGGCUUCCGGGAUUGUGGCCGGAGAAGGAUCAUCACCAAGCACGGACAAAUUCCCAACAGACCCCAACGCACCAAAGGAUGCCGCAACACCAGCGAGCCCGAGCAUGGCCGCUGCUCUAGGUGUAGCAACCCCUCCCAAAUCCGGUCAACUUCAAAUCACCGCCGGCGACGUCGAAGAAGCCGCAGCGCAAUCCGCAGCAGGCAUGUCCGACCGGAAAAAAUCCCUCAAGAAGGAAGAGAAGAAGAAGGGGGGGUUGACGAAGGAACAGCGUGCAGAGUUGGAGGCGUAUGAAGCCGAGAGACGGAAGGUGAGAGAGGAGAGGGUUGAUACGCUUGCGAAGAAGUUGAUUGAGAGGUUGAGUAUCUGGACGGAGACGGAUAGGGGGGAGGAUAUGCGUGUGGCAUUCGAGACGAAGAUGAAGCUCGAAGCGGAGAACUUGAAGAUGGAGUCUUUCGGCGUCGAGCUGCUUCAAGCGAUCGGACAAACCUACACCCAAAAAUCCUCGACAUACCUCAAAUCCCAAAAAUUUCUUGGCAUAGGCGGCUUUUUCUCCAAGCUGAAAGACAAGGGCACCCUCGUCAAGGAAACCUGGAACACGAUGUCCGCCGCAAUCGACGCCCAAAUGACAGCCGAACAAAUCGCGAAACUCGAGGAAGCUGGUGGCGAGGACUUCACACCCGAGAGACAAGCAGAAUUACAGCAGGAGAUGAUGGGGAAGAUUUUGAAUGCGUCUUGGCGGGGGACGAAGUGGGAGAUCCAGGGAGUUUUGCGGGAUGUUUGUGACAGGGUGUUGAAUGAUAAGAGCGUGAGUGCUGCGAAGAGGCAGUUGAGGGCGGAGGCGUUGUGGAUGGUUGGAAGAAUAUUCAAGGCUGUGGUGCCUGAGGAGGGUGACGAGGGAAGGGAAUUGGAGAGGUUGGUUGCGGAGAGCAGUCGCAAGAAGAAGAAGGAGAAAGAGAAGAAGACCAAGGAGAGCAAGGCGAAGGCGUGA